AUGUCGUCGAGAAUCUGUGCACAGCCGCUUUUAAAGAGCGUGUCGAGGAAUUCAUGUUCGCGGCUUGGUCUUCCCCAAAUAGCAGCCCAAGCUCGGCACUUUGCGACGCCGGUGCCUCCCGUCACCCAGGAUGCAACGGGAUCAAAAGGUCCAACCGCAAUGGUGUUUCUCAAUAUGGGGGGACCAUCCAAGACUGAUGAAGUCGGUGACUUUCUGAGUCGCUUGUUUUCCGACGGCGAUUUGAUUCCUCUCGGUCGGCUCCAAUCGUAUUUGGGCCCUCUCCUCUCGAAGCGACGAACACCAAUGAUUCAGAAGCAGUAUGCUGCCAUUGGUGGCGGUUCUCCCAUUCGAAAGUGGUCUGAAUACCAGAGCGCCGAGAUGUGCAAGAUCCUGGACAAGAUCUCUCCAGAAACUGCCCCUCACAAGCCCUACGUGGCCUUCCGCUACGCCAAUCCUUUGACUGAGGAGAUGUACCAACAACUCCUCGACGAUGGGUUUGGGAAUGGAAAGGGUGGCAGGGCUGUCGCUUUCACUCAGUAUCCCCAGUACUCUUGUUCUACCACAGGUUCCAGCCUGAACGAACUGUGGAAGUGGAGGCAUCGACUGGAGGGGAAGAACGCGGACGAAACUGGAGCCGGAACCAUUGCAUGGAGUGUAAUCGACAGGUGGCCGGCUCAUUCUGGCCUUGUCGAGGCAUUCGCACAGAAUAUCGAAGCCAAGUUGGCCGAGUACCCCGAGGACCGGCGUAAAGAUGUAGUCCUGCUGUUUUCCGCCCACAGUCUUCCCAUGUCCGUUGUCAACAGAGGCGACCCAUACCCUGCCGAGGUUGCUGCUACUGUGUACGCUGUUAUGCAGCGACUCAAGUUCUCCAACCCGUACCGCCUUUGCUGGCAGUCGCAGGUUGGUCCGUCCGCGUGGCUUGGUCCUCAGACUGCGACCACUGUUGAGGCAUACAUUGCCAAGGGCCAGAAGGACAUGGUUCUGAUCCCCAUCGCCUUCACCUCCGACCAUAUUGAAACAUUAUACGAACUAGACCAUGAGGUCAUUGGUGAGAGCGGUCACACUGACACAAUUAAGCGAGCCGACAGUCUCAACGGUAGUCCAGUGUUUAUCGAAGCUUUGGCAGACAUUGCCAAGGCACACUUGAGAAGCGGCGAGGCUUGUUCAAAGCAGAUGGGCCUUCGAUGCCCCAGUUGCAAGAGCGAAAGAUGCACAGAGACCAAAAAGUUCUUUGCCGGACAACAAGCGAAUCUAUAG